AUGAAUGGAUAUCCAAGGAUCAGCAGACAUUUGAGGAGGGACCCGAUGGGAAAUAGAGAAAAAGCACAUGUUGUUGUUCAGUUGCUUAGUUGUGUAAGACUCUUUGUAACCCCAUGGACUACAGCGUGCCAGGCUUCCCUGUCCUUCACCAUCUCCCAGAGCUUGUUCAAACUCAUGUCCAUUGAGUCGGUGAUGCCAUCCAACCAUCUCGUCCUCUGUGGUCCCCUUCUUGUCCUGCCUUCAAUCUUUCCCAGCACCAGGGUCUUCUCCAAUGAGUCGGCUCUUCGCAUCAGGUGGUCAAAGUAUUGGAGCUUCAGCUUCAGCAUCAGUACUUCCAAUGAAUAUUCAGGACUGAUUUCCUUUACGAUUGACUGGUUUGAUCUCUUUGCUGUCCAAGAGACUCUCAAGAGUCUUCUCCAACACCACAGUUCAAAAACAUUAAUUCUAAAAACAAAGAACAUCAAUUCUUUGGCACUCAGCCUUCUUUAUGGUUCAACUCUCACAUCCAUACAUGACUACUGGAAAAACCAUAGCUUUGACUGGAUGGAUAGUAUGAAAGGAUAG